AUCUUGCAUAAAAAACUCAAUGCUCUAUCCUUUCAUUUGUACUUGAGUAGAGUAUUCAACUACUUCAACCACGCACACCAAAAAUAUUAUGGAUUACUAUUAUGUGAACCCAAUAAACCCCAAUUACGGUGCUCAUCAUGAUGAUGACUACUCUGCCAUGAUGAGCAUGUCUGAUUUCAUGAUAUCCGAUUUUCUUAUGGCUGAUGAUGAUGCAUAUGGGUAUGGUGUUGAUCAUCAUCAUCAUCAUAAUAAUCAAGAGAGUGGAUCACAAUCGCAAAGUACUAAUGGAUCGUCGGAGAUGGCAACCUUCAGCGAUGUCACUACUACCAAUAAUAAUGGUGAAGCCUCUAGCAUCAACAAUAACAUAAAAUGCAAAAAUGGGAGUAAGAGAAGUAAGAAAGAAGUGAAUUCAAGAGUGGCGUUUAGAACGAAAUCGGAGCUUGAUGUUAUGGAUGAUGGAUACAGAUGGAGGAAGUACGGAAAAAAGGCCGUCAAGAACACUCCAAAUCUAAGGAACUAUUACAAGUGUUCGAGUGAAGGAUGCGGUGUGAAGAAGAGGGUGGAAAGGGACAGAGACGACUCAAGCUAUGUUAUAACAACCUAUGAAGGGAUACACAAUCAUGCAAGCCCUUUUACCUACUAAGUUCUAAACCUUAAUUGGUUUUUCAAUUUCUGAUCCUUAAUUAAUUAGGAAUUUGGCACUUUGAUCAGGCUUGUGUCUCAUCUUAGUGUCACUUCUCCUAUGUUACUUAAUGUGUCUUCUCUCCUCUUCGCUUUCAUAUAUGGCUAUUUUGUGAA